ACUUGUCAAAAUAAAAAAAUGUCAAAAAUAUGAUUCUCUCUCUUAAUUGGCUUUUAACUUAUUUUUUAUUAUACCAAAGGAAUGUAGAAAAUUAAUAUAAUAAUAAAAUAUGUGUAUAGUUAAAAAUAGUGUAAAAUUGUGUGAUAUCAUAACAAAUUAUGAAAUGUCUUUUGUGUGAAGACAAGAAGAGAAUAAAUGAAUUGAUGACACAUUAAUAUAUAUUUACUUUCUUAAUUUUAAUUCUUUUUUUUUUUUUUUUUUUAAGAAAAAAUGAUCUGUAAAAUACGUACUUUAUUUAAAUAUAUAUUUAUAUUGGGCAUUCUUCUUUUAUUAAUUCAGUUAUUUUUAUUUCAUGAUGCCAAACUUUUAAACGAAGAUGAUAAAAAUAUACCUGUGAUAUUGUGGUGGACACCUUUCGGUAAUAACGGAUUGACCAAAAUAUGUGGAUACAAUAAAUGUUAUUUUACAUAUAAUCGUACAUACGAAAAUAACUCUCGACUAAAAGCCAUUUUAUUUUAUGGAAGUAAUUUUCAAAUUAAUGAUUUACCAAAGUGGAGAUCUGCAUUUGUGCAAUGGGGUUUGAUCCACGAAGAAUCUCCUAGAAAUAAUCCUAUAUUCGUACACUACAAAGCUUUAAAUCUUUUUAAUUAUUCCUCAACUUUUAGUAGAUUCAGUAAUGUACCACUUUAUUCCAUCGAUCUACCCAAUGAAGAAGAACUAUUAGGAAAGAAAUAUUUCGUACCGACUAAAGAAAAAACGGAUUUAAUCGAAAACGAAAACUUAGCACCAUUAUUGUAUAUUCAAUCGGAUUGUAAUACUGCAAGUAAUAGAGACUCAUAUAUUUUAGAAUUAAUGAAAUACAUUAAAAUUGAUUCUUAUGGUUCGUGUAUAAAUAAUGCUCGCCUAAACGAAAGGUAUAUAUACAUAUAUGUAUAUACAUAUGUACGUAUGUUAAAAAGUAAUUAUUUAGAUAAAUUAAAUAGCAAUGAGUUCCUAUCGUUUGUGGCAAAGUAUAAAUUUACAUUAGCUUUUGAGAAUGCUAUUUGUAAUGACUAUAUUACAGAGAAACUUUGGAGACCACUUGUCGUAGGAUCUGUACCUAUUUAUUAUGGAUCUCCUUCAUUCAAGGACUGGUUACCAAAUAAUAAGUCUGCAAUUUCAGUAUUAGAUUUUUCUGAACCUAGAGAAUUAGCAAAUUUUCUAUUUCAUCUUUUAAAUAAUGAUAUUGAAUAUGAAAGAUAUUUAAUUCAUAAAAUAGGAAGAGAAGAAGAAAGAUUAACGAAUAAACGAUUAUUAGAUGUAUUGAAAAAAAAAUCUACGAAAGAUGCACAUAAUUUUGGUUAUUACGUAGAAGAAUAUGAAUGUUUCGUUUGCAAACAAAUACAUAAUUCUCAAAUUAAAGAAGAAAUAAGUAUUGUUUCGAAGAAACAUUAUGAUUGCCCUUUACCAAUAAAUUUAUUAUCGGGGAAAGCCGAUGAAAAUAAUUUUUGGGUAAAUCAAUGGAACUUAGAAAAAUGUGGGGCAAAAUUGUUAGAACAUUAUGUAUUAAAUAAUAUAACUAUUGAUAUUAAAAAGUAUGAUGUUGAAAAAUUUGAAUUAUAUAACAAAAAUAAUUGUUAAAUAAUUAUUCAUAUAUUAAUUAUGUACAAAUUAUGACCGCUUUAUUCAGUAUAAUAAAUUUGAAAAGAUAAGAAAGAAAGAAUAAAAUAAAGUUCCUUACGGUUGAUGCUUGAUGAAUGAAAAUAUUCUAUUAUUUCUGUGCCUUGCAAAACAGGAAUGUUUUAUUUUAAGCCUGUAUUGAGAUCUGUGUAUGUAAUUUGGUGUUGAUUAGAUCAUUACUCGAAUUAAUUAGACUUACAUUCAAAUCUGUAUAAUGUUAAAUCGUAUAAUAGAAAAUAAGUAAUUCACCUGAG